GCGCACAUUGAGUAAAAAAUGGGCAGCAGAUCAACAUACGAGAGGGAAGGAAGGGUAAAUAUGCUAACUGAAAUGUGCGCUCUCACAAGGCAGAGAGCAUCAACUGGUUUAGGGUUUGAUAUGGAUUGUGGAGCAGCUAGAGCAGGCAACCGAAGCUUCAGCCGAAAGGGGGCUAAGAGGGAUAGGGACGACACGGGCAGGGAAGGAGAUGAACCUCGUCGAAGAUUUGGUGGGAAAGCCUUUCAAACUAGCGCAAUGAAGAAGAUGGUUAAUGAGUCGCUGGCAUCUGAAGCUAAGCAACCACAGGGAAGUCCUUGAACACAAG